CUCGCCUGGUUCAAGGCUGAGAAGCUCCUUUACUUUCAUCAUUUCAUCACUUUCUCCAACAUUGAACUCAUGUAGCCUUGUUCAUUUCAUCCAAUUCAAUUUCAUCGGCUUCUCCUCUGCUAAGUACCUUGAAGCAUAGUGAGUACUCCCUCACAUUAAUAGGCCAAAUACGCGUCAAAUGGGCAUUUAAUUAGCUCUGGGCCACAUACUAGUUGUUGAUUGUGGGGUUGUAUCUUCGCCUUGAGGUUGAUCUAUCGUCUGGCAUCUCGUAUGCGUUGCUCGGGCUGAUUCUAAGUUUCGCAAAGCCUGGCACAUCUUUAAGCAUCGUAUCUGAAUCGUUUACGAAAGUCUCACUUGAUAAUCAAAUCAACUAUCGCAUUAAAGUCGCUGCACAGACUUAUCGUCGAGGAGGAAUAAACCCGGUACCCAAGGGUGCUACUAUUAAGGCUGGUCGAGGUGUCAGGUGGUUAGCCGUUUCCCAACCACCUGUAUUACUUCAGAACUAUAUAAACAGCCAUCUUCUCUCCCAAAUCCUCACUCUUUCUGGUGUCGCCAUCCCGCCAUCAACCAACUCGUACAACCCGCGCAUAACUCGCUAGAAUACUCUCUUAAAAACCAUCAUCAACGCAAGCCGUUGAUCACCUCUCGGGUCAGUUUACGUAUUUAUAUCGUCUUCAAACCUCGAUAUAUAGGAACAAUUAAGGUGAUUAUCUUUACUAUCGAAGAAUCCGCUAGCCGCCAUGUCGACGAAUAGAGAUGCCCGUGGCUCUGUUCAAGAUGCUUCAAGCAAAGGACCCGCCCAAGAGCAAAGACUCCUAUGGAAUCAAGAGAGCGUCAGGGAUGUUGCAGAAUCAGUCGGUAUUCUCAAGUUGAGCGAUGAAGGACUACGAACACUUUCUCAGGACGUCGAGUAUCGGGUUGGCCAAGUCAUCGUCGAGGCCCUGCGAUUUAUGCGACUUGCAAAGCGUACCACAUUAACCGUCCAAGAUGUCUCUCAGGCGUUACGAGUUCUUGAUGUGGAGCCAUUGUAUGGCUAUGACUCUGCACGAGCCCUUAGAUACGGCGAGGCCAGUCUGGGUCCACAAGCUUUGUUCUACGUGGAAGAUGAAGAGGUCGACUUCGAGAAGCUGAUCAAUGCACCGUUACCAAAGAUCCCCCGAGACACAACAUUUACUAAGCAUUGGUUAUCUGUCGAAGGCGUGCAGCCUAACUCCCUAGAAAAUCCCACAUCAGCGGAGUCGCGGGCCCAAGAUCUUCUAUCUAAAGGUCCCGGCGCUAAUCCUGCCCUUGCCGCUCUUUCUGGCCAGGACAAUCCUAACUUCAAACCUUCAGUCAAACAUAUCCUGUCUCAAGAACUCGUCCUAUACUUUGAGAAGAUACAGGCUGCUCUGAUGGAUGAUAGCCCGGAUAUUGAAGUGCAGCGAUUGCGCGAAGCUGCCUUGGAGUCUGUGGCUUCCGAGCCAAGCAUCCACCAGCUUGUUCCAUACUUUGUCAACUUUGUCUCCACCCAAGUCACACAUCACCUAGAUGACAUCUUUGUCUUACGACAGAUGAUGGAACUUACUAACGCCUUGAUAAAUAACGAUCGACUUUUCCUCUCGCCAUAUGCUAGCCCUCUCUGUGCGCCGGUGCUCACAUGCAUACUGGGCCGCAAGAUCGGAGCCGAGAAUGGCGUUGACGCACUUAAGGAACAGUACAGUCUAAGAGAAUUCGCUGCUACACUUGUCGGACAGCUUUCUCGGAAAUAUUCCGACACCAAUAAGAUGCUACGUCCAAAGCUGGUUCGCACAUGUCUCAAAAACUUCCUUAACCCGUCACUCCCACCGUCUGUUUGGUACGGCGCGGUAUGCGGCCUUGGGGCGGCAGGUGGUGCCGAUGUGGUCAAGGUUCUUCUACUACGCAACCUUAAAGAAUUUGAGACCUCGAUGCUCAUCCCCCUACGGCAGAAGAACGAGCUGGUUCCUAAUGCAGAGUUUGAAGCGUUAGUUGGUGUCAUCACAAAGGUCAUUCAGCUUUUAACCGAAGAGGAUGUUCCUCUGGCUAAUGGCAUGAAUGGAUUUUCUAGCGAGAACGAGGCUAGCCAGAUUAAGGCAUUCUUGGGCGACAUCAUUGGCCAGCGCGUUGCGGCCCUAGGCGAUCACAAGCUGAAUCAAGCCAUCUUGGAUGCACGCGACUUUCAGUAGGGUGGUCUCGCCUGGUGAUCUUGAAGAAUGCUAUGAGCACAAUCUCGGUUUAUCAGUAGUCCUACACUACAGUACAAUUUUGGGGAUCAGGUGUCUGGAUUGAUACCCUUUUUAAGAGGUGAAUGGCGUUUCGGCACAGGUUGUUUGGGAUAGGCGGCGGAAAUUGCAACACUUGCAUGGCUGGCUGAGUUGGCCGUGAGUAACACU